CGACAGAGUGCUGGGGAUCAACGCUAGUGAAAACGCUGUUUGUACCCUGUCACGCCCCAGGAGGGGGGAGGGGCCGCCUACAUCUAGCAGGCAUGCGAACUCGUCCCACUGUGCCUAUGGCAAGGUGGCGGACGUGGUCCGCUGUGCGUUGUUCUGCCUGGGUUGGGAACGGUCUGAGCGCUUGGGCAUAUCGCGAGUUCCACUUCCUUUCGACAAGCUACAGGAGCAGGGACACGCCGUCCGUAGCUCUGGCUUGUACUGUUUUUAUUCGGACUCCAGACAGGCAAUCGCAACACUUUCUGUGCCGUCAUGGCUGGGGGCAAGGCCGUUGAUACGGCCCGCGUUCGCCAGCUGAUGGUGCUCGCCCUCCUCAGCGGCCACGCCCUGGCGACUGACGAGGCCGGGAAGAGGUUUCUCGAGGGAAAGGCCAAGGAGGAGGGCGUCGUCACGCUCAGUUCGGGCUUGAUGUACAAGGUGCUCCAGAUAGGCCACGGGACGCACCAUCCGCGCAUCGAUUCUCCGUGCUUGUGCCACUACAAGGGCACCUUCACCGACGGCACGCAAUUCGACUCCUCGUACGACAGGGGCCAGCCAAGCACGUUCGCUCCCAAUCAGGUGAUCAGGGGUUGGACGGAGGCGAUGCAGCUGAUGGUCGAGGGCGACAAGUGGGAGUUGUACAUCCCCUCCGAGCUCGCUUACGGCGAGAGGGGGGCCAGGGGCGCUGGAUUAGUGAUUCCAGGCGGCACUGCGCUUGUCUUUCAGAUGGAAUUGAUGCAGAUCAAGGGCGUCUCUAAUGAUAAUUCGGAGGCCUGAGGGCCAACAACGUUGCGCCGCGCUGAGUCUUCGUCUUCGCGUCCAGAUGAUAACCAGGAUUAUCUUUUUCGCCGCAGCGUUUUUCUCAGCCUUUGGCGAUGUGACAUGCGUUUCCCGUCGCGCGCGCGCUCGUCUAUUGCAUUGAGAACAAUGAGCAAGAAACCUAACACAUCACAUUGACAAAGUUC